UGGGGCGGGGAUACUAAAGCGACAGAGCCCAGUGGACGGAAGUGGCUGUUGGAGGCUUUAAGGUAGCUUUAAAUUCGUGCUGUCCUGAGAGCUCGUCCCUUUCGGCUGCAAUCCGGCUUUACGGGGCCGUGAUGGCUCUGGACGUGAAGUCUCGGGCAAAGCGUUAUGAGAAGCUGGACUUCCUUGGGGAGGGACAGUUUGCCACGGUUUACAAGGCCAGAGAUAAGAAUACCAACCAGAUUGUCGCCAUUAAGAAAAUCAAACUUGGACAUAGAUCAGAAGCUAAAGAUGGUAUAAAUAGAACCGCCUUAAGAGAGAUAAAAUUAUUACAGGAGCUAAGUCAUCCAAAUAUAAUUGGUCUCCUUGAUGCUUUUGGACAUAAAUCUAAUAUUAGCCUUGUCUUUGAUUUUAUGGAAACUGAUCUAGAGGUUAUAAUAAAGGAUAAUAGUCUUGUGCUGACACCAUCACACAUCAAAGCCUACAUGUUGAUGACUCUUCAAGGAUUAGAAUAUUUACAUCAACAUUGGAUCCUACAUAGGGAUCUGAAACCAAACAACUUGUUGCUAGAUGAAAAUGGAGUUCUAAAACUGGCAGAUUUUGGCCUGGCCAAAUCUUUUGGGAGCCCCAAUAGAGCUUAUACACAUCAGGUUGUAACCAGGUGGUAUCGGGCCCCUGAGUUACUAUUUGGAGCUAGGAUGUAUGGUGUAGGUGUGGACAUGUGGGCUGUUGGCUGUAUAUUAGCAGAGUUACUUCUAAGGGUUCCUUUUUUGCCAGGAGAUUCAGACCUCGAUCAGCUAACAAGAAUAUUUGAAACUUUGGGCACACCAACUGAGGAACAGUGGCCGGACAUGUGUAGUCUUCCAGAUUAUGUGACAUUUAAGAGUUUCCCUGGAAUCCCGUUGCAUCACAUCUUCAGUGCAGCAGGAGACGACUUACUAGAUCUCAUACAAGGCUUAUUCUUAUUUAAUCCAUGUGCUCGAAUUACGGCCACACAGGCACUGAAAAUGAAGUAUUUCAGUAAUCGGCCAGGGCCAACACCUGGAUGUCAGCUGCCAAGACCAAACUGUCCAGUGGAAACCUUAAAGGAGCAAUCAAAUCCAGCUUUGGCAACAAAAAGGAAAAGAACAGAGGCCUUAGAACAAGGAGGAUUGCCCAAGAAACUAAUUUUUUAAAGAGAACACUGGACAACAUUUUACUACUGAGGGAAAUAGCCAAAAAGGCAAAUAAUGGCAAAAUAGUAAACAUUAAGUAAAUGCUGUAGAAGUGAGUUUGUAAAUAUUCUACACAUGUAAAAUAUGUAAAACUAUGGGUUAUUUUUAUUAAAUGUAUUUUAAAAUAAAAA